AUGUCGGGGGCGACAAGGAAAGUUAUAUACGAAGGGUGGAUGGUUCGGUAUGGCCGGAGGAAGAUCGGGCGCUCCUUCAUCCACAUGCGGUACUUCGUCCUCGAAUCCGCGCUUCUCGCCUACUACAAGAGGAAACCAAAGGACAACAUGGUGUGUUUUCUUAUUCCUUCUACUAUUGUAAUUGAUCUGGCUUCAAUAUUUGGUGACGAAACGGUAUUGAGUUAUUUUCGUGCUAAUUUCUUAUGCAUUCGAUCUGGACGCGGCGCCGUCGACGCUCUGUUCAAGUUUUCCUCUCGAUAAUUCGGUUUAUGUGAGAAUCUAUUCCCGUCAACUUGCUAAACUAUUGACUCGCUUACCUGGGUGUGCAUAGGUUCCGAUCAAGACUUUCCUCCUUGAUGGCAACUGCAGGGUGGAUGAGCGGGGACUUAAAACACACCAUGGGCACGUAUGUACUUCUCGUUGUUGUUCCAGUCAAUACACGUCGUCGGCUGGGGAAAAACUUAUUGCAAAGCCAAUUGUCUGAUGUCGUAUACUAAUUGUAGGGGAAAGAGAAUUUAAAUCCUUCAUAUAGUUCUGCCAUUUUUCCUUUUUUUUUUGCCAAUGUUACCUCGAAGAGCAUGAUGUGCUUCCAAUCAUAUCUUGGAUAUUUUAGCUCUUUUUCUGUUCUCCCUAGAAUUUUCUUUUGAAGUUUAAAUUGUGGGCUUCGUUCUGUGUCACAUGACGACCUUGAAACAAACUUUUUUUUAUCAAACUUUGGAGAAUAUGAUACGUAAACACUGAAAUAGGCGCAUGAAAAGACUUAUCCGUUAUACUGGUGAAUAUGAAUAAGGUAUAAAGGCUGACCCAAUUCAGCUUGCGUAUUGACUUAUGAAAUGAUUCUUAAACAUGUCUGGAAAGUAAUUGAUAAUUAGAUUGAAUAUUGCUGAACAGAAAUUUACACGUGUAAAGUAUAAGUUUAUGAAGCUGCCAUAAUUGAGUCGAUAUUUUCAUUAAAUCAUAUUUAUGUAAAGUCUCAGUAUCGUGGCAUAUCAUGGGCAAAUUUGGGAGCCCGUCUCAUUUUCCCUCCUUACAUUGAUAGAGUUAAUCGACCCACCUGCUUUCUAGAUCUCCCUUUUUUUUUUUAAAGAUGGAAAGAAUAAUGGGAUUGAUGUCAAUAACAUUGGUUCUGCUAUGGUGUUUCCUCUGCUAAUUCUCCUCCAAGAAAGUUUGAUAGUCAUAGUUAUGGGCAUGUUUUCUGUGAAUGCACAAUGAGGAAGUCACUGUUGAGGUUCUUCGUCUGAGUAUCCGCUGGAAGGGUGCUCAGUUUAGGAAUGCAGAGGAAAGGGUUUUGUUUAGCAAGCUAAGACGACUAAGAAAUUGGAAAAUAUGUAAAUAAAAUAACGUCUUGACAGCCAAGUGGAAAUUUGAUUCGGAAACUUGAAAUCUACUAAAGUAGGGAACUGUUGGAGCUGUCAACUUAAAUGAUUGUAGACUGAGAGUAAAAAGAACUGAUGGCUGAACCUUGUCUUUUUUUUUUAGGGUACAAUCUGUAUUUACAAUCACUUUUCUGUGCGGAGACACCUGCCUUCUGAUAUGACUAUCAUUCUCAUGGAUUUUCUAGGCUAUAGUUUUGGCAGACGCCAUAUUCCUUUCUUUCUCUGCUCAUCUUCUCCUUUCUGUGAUUUUUUUUCUUCUCCUUUCUUCUCUGAUCAUUAUUCAACAUUUGGUAGAACUCCACAGAAUGUCCCCAAACAUGUGUGGAAACCACUUGAAGGUCUUGGCCCGAUGGAAAGCCUUACAAAUUAGCGGAUCUGUAAUUUUCCAUAGAGUCAUAGUAUUAGUGUUUGCUGAGCUUAACGUCAUAGUUGAGUCUGAAUUUCACUUAUUCAUCGAUUUGUGUUGCGUGCAGCUGAAUUUCAAUUAAACACAUGCUAAUAUUUAUGGAAUCGUGAUAUCCUACAGACGCUUCUAGAUACAGUCGUGUCAUUACAUGCCUUGUACUUUCUUGGCGCUCUUAACUAUGAUGGAUAUUUUUUAGAUAUUGACUUAGCAUGUUGACAUAAAAUACUUUUGGCAGAUGGUGUAUGUAUUAUGGGUAUACAACAAAAAAGAGAAGCACCAUCGGAUAACAGUAUGUAAUGAACUUUUCCUAAAUUAUUUAUUUCCUUUUUCUCAUGGUCUUACGUUCUAUCUUUUUUGUAGCUCUAUAUUUCUGUCAAAUAUGUUAUAUUUUUUCCAUUUCAUAGUGCUUGGAGUAAGGAUAAAUGAUUUAAUCGAUAUUUCCAGAUUUCUCUUCUAUUUUGUGUCGUUUAAAUUUGCAGACAUGUCUUUUUAGUGAAUGUGUCUUCUUAUCUUUUAAUCCCUUUUUAUUUUUUUGUCAACAUGAUGAAGCCAUAAAACCCUCUGAUAUCCGUUUGUUUCUUGUUUAGAGUGUCUCGAACUUCAUUUUGAUACCAAUUAUAUAGCACGGAUUGAUGUUCUUGGCCUUUAUUUAUCAUAUCAGCCUGGCUUUUAUAUGCUGAACAUAAACCAAAUCUGAUAUAAAUUCUUCACCGACUUUUGUGUGUGCUUAUUCUUAUGAUGUUUUCACUGAAACAGUUGGCAGCAUUUAAUAUCCAGGAUGCUCUGGCCUGGAAGGAAAAGAUUGAGCUUGUUAUUUAUCAGGUGCAGUUCCUUAUGAAUGGGGCUUAUUGAAAUUUACUUGUAUGCUCCACGGGGCAACCAUCAGAUAACAUAAUCUAUCUUUUUUUUUAAAAUUCUGUCAAGGAUUCUUUUUUUAAGGUAACAUGAAUGUGUAACUAAGGUGUUGCUUCACAUAUUCUCCUCGAUCGCAUACCAUUUUUUCCUUAUAAAAACUAGCUCACACCGCAUAUUCUUUUCCUUGUCACCCUCUCCUUCCCUACCUCCAACACAAAUUUUUUUAUUUUAUUGAUUGGCAUUUUUAAUUUUUAAUCUUUAUGUUUGAUUCGGCACCAGGGCUCCUUGUCUAAUGGUCGUAAAUCCUAUCCUCCCUUCGAGUAUAAGACGCAUGUGGACAGUGGAAGGGCUGUUUCCUCGUCAGAUAAUGAAAGCCAGUAAGUAACAACAUCAUGUUUUUUUUAAAGCAUCCAAGAAGCUCAUCUAGUUAUAUACCUUCAGUUAGCUAUUUUCGAUGUAAUCGUAGAUGUGCAAAUAACGGAUUUUGGAUUCCAUGUUAGCAAUCAGAAGCAAACACGAUUUUCUGCAUUAUCUAGAUGGUAUAUGGAGGGCCACACUCACUUAUUAGCACUAGACAGAAUUAUUCGGACAAAAAUGGUUGCACAAUCUUUGUACUAACCAAUUUUUCGUGGUACUUUAUCUCUUCAAACUUAGAACAUGGAUUUGCACGAGAGUUAUUGAUGUAAAUUACCCAUUUUAUUCAGUUCUGAUUUCCUAUUGCUGAUUAGUUUGUUGUGAGUCAGUGUUAUCAUUACUGAAAAUCUAUUUAAUUUAAAAUUCGCUCAACAUUUAUAGCUGUUGAGGGGUUUUGGCAAAGAUUGGCUGACUUGUCAUUUGAUGGAACUUCUGAAAAUUUUAAAAGUUUGUUGGUUGUUACUAAUUUUUCGCCAGAGCAGAUUCUUUCUAACAUGAAAAACUGAGACAAAUGGAAGGCUACUGGUCAAACUAGUGCUCUUCAGAUCCUCCUGAGACAGCCCAAUUUUCAGGCUCGAUCUGGACCCUUAAGUAAAGUGUUGUCUCCCCUUCACAGAUUUAAGGGCACAUACAUAUGAAUAAUGUAGAUCUUUAAAAGUUUUUUGAAAUUCAAGGUUUGAUCUUCACCAUAAAUGGUUCAUUUGCAUUUGAUGUUUUACCCUUCGACAACCUGACAUUAGUUUUAAGCAUGACAUCGAAUUAUGAAAAGGAUCAUGCAGUUUAUGAAGUCAAUAAAUUGUACGAGAAGAAAUGCGGGAUCAAUAAGUAGAAAUUUCAUCAAAAUCGAACUAUGGAGUUGUGCAGGAUGCUUUUUAGUAGUUCAUGAGGUUUAUUUUUCUUGACUUAUUAACUAAAGGGUGGGGAGAGAGGGAGGGAUUGAAAUGUGCGAACGAAAUGCCAUAUUCUUUAAACUUUAUGAAUUCCUUUAAUGGAUGCAGUCAGUGGUUAAUGUCUAUAUUUUCUUUUGUGGAUAGCAUGAGAGAUGGUGGUGAACCAGCCUACCAGGUGUUGAAGUGCCAGGGAAUCCUCAAAGAGUAUUAAGAACUGAAAAAAAGGAAAGAGCAUAAAAACUAAAGAAUUAAGAUAUUCAUGGUUCAAGUUUUGUGUCAACAGGGCAAUUAAAACAACAAUUAAAUUGACAUCGUUUUUUGGCUCUGAGCAAAGUCAAUUGAUCCAUUUUAUCUGUUCAGAUAAGAUGGUAACAAUAUAAAAUAACUGGAAAAUUGGGCAUCCAUUUUAAAUUUGUCACCAUUGCAAUUUCAGUGUCGGGGAUAUUCAUGCACUUUCAUUUAUUUUUUUCUCAAAACUGCUACAGUGGGUCACUACGACUUUUUUGUCGAAAAUGGUUAAUACCUCAGUAUCACGGUCAGGAGUGUGUGAAAGUGUAUAAACCAUGGGCUCUCAUAAGAAAUCUUUUGAUAGCAGCGUAGUUUUUCCAUCAACAUUUUAUAAAACAUAAAUUACGAUCUAACAGCCCCAAAAUAACGUUCUUCUCUCUUGCAAAUCUUCCCAAUCUCACCCACUCGUAAGCUUGUCUGUUGUCCUUGAAUCGUCGGAAGAUAUAUCUCUUCCGUAUAAAAAUGCACAUGUUUCUGUUCAUCCAGAUACUCGAGAUAGUUGGAUGCAGAGUAAACCACCCGAUUGUGUCGUCCAUCUUCUUUGUCCAGCUCAUUCCAUAUAAGUCAAGGAUCACCAAUAUGACUUUUAGCACUGCCACUGUAUACAUUAGGUCAAGGCUUCAUUUGUUCCAAAUCUCCUGAAAGAAGGAGCAAUGGGUAAGUGUUCCAACGUCUUCCGUUCCUCCCCCAUAGAGACUGCAUACAUUGUGAAAAUUAGGCAUAAGGUAGGCAUCUGAUCAAAAGAAUGAAAUUUUCCAUGUGACGUCCUGCACAUCAAGACCUUGACUUUUAAAGAAGAAGGGAAUUCUAAAUAUAAUACGCAAACUUGUGUCUAAUUCAUCCGUUCGAGAAAGUCCAGUGCAGUGCAUUAGCAAAGUUAUUUUCUCCUUUUCCAAUGGCAACGGUAUCUAUCUUCUUCAUGGCUUCCAUUGGGCUUCGCUGGAAGGUUUGAUAAGAUCUUUAUUUUGUUGAAUCUCAAAUAUUUAAGGGAGCCUUUCAUUUUUUCCACCACCCACUGUGUUGUCAUUCAUGAUCUAAAGUUAUGGCCUUCUGCUGCUUUGAAGAAAACUUGGGAUCUUUCUUUAUGAGAACUACUACUUCUCUCCAACGUGCAAAGUAUCUUUCAAUGCCAUCCCAAUCUAUUCUAUCGUUGGUAUACUUCAAUUUGAGAGGAUCUAUUUAUACUCUGCCAUGUUCAGUGCUCAAAUUCAAAUCUGCUUGCGUAACAAGGCUUGGUUAAAAUAUCUGUUUCGGAGAGCGCCUAGUUCUCCUAUUUUAAGUAGCCUUUUCCCUUUUGUACAUACAUCACAUUUGACGCAAACUUCUAAUAUUUGAUUAACCAUUGUGUAGGUACAGUCCAGAGGAUGAGGAAGAGAGUCACCGUACAUUGCUACGGAGAACAACGAUUGGGAAUGGUAUCCAAAAAUUUAGCGUGGAACUUGCUUAUUUUAUUUUUUAACAGGAUUUUGUGUCUCUAACUAUAGGUCUUGCAUUGCAUGAUCUGCGACUGUUUGACUGGCAGGUCCUCCUGAAUCAGUGCUUGACUGGACUCAAGAAGUGGACUCUGGGCUGUCAAAUCAAAGUAACAGUGAUCAAGUGUUUUCUAGAAAGCACUGGCGUUUAGUUAGAUGCCAGAAUGGCAAGUAGAAAAUCAUCUGGCCAUUUUUUGUGAUCAUUAAAUACUCCUUGUAAUUUAUCUGGAUGAUAAUCCCAUGUACAGUUUAUUUAUGAUUAUUUGGUAUGCGGAAUUUUCAGGGCUCAGAAUAUUUGAAGAACUUCUUGAAGUUGAUUACCUUGUAUGUGAGCGCUGUCAAUUUUUAUCAAAAGAUUUUCUUUCGUACGUGCUCAGCUGUAUGAUAUUUGGUGAUUUUCCACAUUUAUGUUUUUAGCCAAAUUGUUGUGCAGCCUAGGAGCUGCAGUAGAGCUAUGAAGGCUGUUGGUGUGGUGGAGGCCCCAUGUGAUUCUAUAUUUGAGCUUGUAAUGAGCAUGGAUGGAACACGAUUUGAGUAAGUUGUUUGAUUCAACACUCUCUUCAAGUCUUAUUGAUUGGUCUUAUGUUCCUAGUUCUUUUUCCUUUUCCGAAUUUUAGGUGGGACUGUAGCUUUCAAGAUGGCAGCUUGGUUGAAGAAGUAGAUGGGCACACAGCAAUACUUUACCAAAGGCUGCAGCUGGACUGGUUUCCCAUGUAAUUUGCUAUCUGAGAAGAAAAGUUUUCUUUUGAAAACUGAAUUUGUUUAACUGAAUGAUAAGUUUAACUGAAUAUUUUUUUUCCAUUGCAACUUCAUAGACUCAGAUCUUAGCUUUUUGCAAAAUGAAUUUAUUUUCUCGUGUACUUCUCUUUUCAAACUGUAUCCCGUCGGUAUUAACUCUGCCAUCUGCCAUCAUUCUAGCCGUGUGUUUAGUGACGUUUAUGAUAGUAUAUACCCGAAGUAUAUUGGGGAAACAGCACUUUAUUGAAAGAUUGAAGACUAAUCAUCAUGGUCUCUUUCUUUGCAAGCUGUUUUAUUUUCUAUUAUUUACAAAGUUAUCUCUCAUAUUUUUGUUUAAAAGACUGUGUCACACUGUUGAUGAUUUCUCCAUCCAUUUUAUCUAGGUUCGUUUGGCCACGGGAUCUUUGCUAUGUGCGUUAUUGGCGACGUAAUGAUGAUGGAAGUUAUGGUGAGAAUUGAACUUGAUAAUCUGUUGCUUUCAUUUUGACACUUUACAGUUUUCUAAUCAGAUAAUUUUCUUUUUCUGUCACGCAGUUGUGUUGUUUCGUUCCAGAGAGCAUGCUAGCUGUGGGCCUCAACCAGGAUGCGUGAGAGCUCAUAUUGAGAGUACAUUCCGACCCAUCCUCUUUUAUUCAUGCUAAUCUUUUUUGAUACAUUACUUUUAUUUACCUUCUGCAUCAUCGCUAUCUUAUACUAUAUCUCAUAUUUAAUUCCAGGCGGCGGUUUCAACAUUUCCCCCUUAAAGCCUCGUAAUGGAAGAGCUCGAACACAAGUGCAGCAUCUAAUGCAAAUUGAUUUAAUGGGGUGGGGAGUCGGAUAUCUCCCAUCAUUUCAGCAGCGCUGUCUACUACAAAUGUUGAGUAGUGUCGCUGGUAGCUAUCUCUCUGUUUUUCAGUGUUUACUUAUAGAUAUGCGCUUUAUAGGAUUUUUUUUUUCUAUUGAGUACGAUACAUGAGUUGAAAUUUCACGUCUCUGAAAACCUGUGGCGAUUCCAUAUUCUGCAUAAGUAAUCACAACGAGCAGAGAUUUCUGCAUUGUUACUGAUGUCAACGGACUUUCAGUGAAACCUAGAUCAUAACUUUCAAUCUUCAACCUAGAUCAGUAAAACCUAGACGGUGUGUUAUUUGUGCAGCCACCAUAUUCUCCUCGUUUUUAAUCAUAUUUUACCUAUCCAUCCGAUCAAAAGCCCAAGAUUUAUCCUGUCGAUAUGAGCGGGGUAGGGAAUAUGCUUAGUCAAAAGCAGAAAAUAAAUAAAAAAGAGAAAAUCAGAAAAGGCGAGGCGGACUUAGUGAAGCAUACGGGAGAAAGAUAAAAACGGUUACAGCAUCAGGUGAUCCAAUCAUAACUCCGACUAUCCUUGUGUAAACUAAGAACUGUCAUUUGCAAUGUAAGAUUAGAUGGAGAUGUUUGUGUAUUUUUUUUGACAGGUGGUUUCAUGGUGUUGGAUGACUAUUGAUCUGAUUAAAUUGAACCAUAAAAAGUUAAUGGGUGCUUUUCACUAGAAAAAUGCAACUUUUUAAUCAUUAUUGAUCUUUUGUUAAUACUUCAAAUGAUAUCAGGUCUGCGUGAAUGGUUUUCUCAAAAAGAUGAACACCGUACAGUUCCAAGGAUCCCAAUGAUGGUUGAUGUGGUUUCUGAUUCUGUUUCUUCUAAGACAAAUCAGAAAAGACAGGGCUUUAUUCGGGCGAGUUCAUCUGUCGAUCGUAUGCAAUCUUACAGCAGAACCUCUGGCACAUUAGAUGAAGAAUCUGAUGAAGAUGAGGAGUAUCUGGUUCCUGAGACUGAGAAAGAGGUAUUGUUGGACUUCUUUACUUGAUAUUUUGCAUCACUGUAUUGGUCAUGAUUCUGUUUGAUCUGAAUUUAUUUCUGUUUACAGGAGUUGAUUGAAUUUGGGGCUGAAGUGAAAAAAACAGGUUGACAACAGUUUUACAAGUCAUGGCUUUUCUUAGUUGUCACAAUAAGCUCAUUCUUCCAAAAUAGUAUUCUAAUUUUGGCCGUUUAACAUCUUAAGUUUUAGCGGAGGAGCUUUCAGAUAAGCUUGAUCUGUCUUGGUUCUCGGGCAAUUUGCGUCGGGAUGACAAAGACAAUACUCGUGAUUGCUGGAGGCUAUCUGAUGGAAAUAACUUCAGAGUCCGCAGUAAACACUUUAUAUAUGAUAAAACCAAGGUAUUUUUUUCUUUCUAAAUCAAGCAUUUGAAUGCUCCAAAAUUGAUGGUUUUGCAAGAUUGUACUCUACGGUAUUCAUCUCACUGCUGGCUACGAUGUAAACUGCAGAUUCCUGCUGGAAAGCAUCUAAUGGAUCUGGUGGCUGUAGAUUGGUUCAAAGAUGUGAAACGAAUAGAUCACGUUGCGAGGCGUCAAGGCUGUGCAGCGCAAGUGAGAUCCAAUAAGACGCAAUUGCUAUAUAUUAUCCAUUUUUGGUCUUAUGUUUGUUUCUACUCAAUUAUACUCGAAUAUUUUUUAAAAUAAUUCAACUAUUUUUAGUAUCUUUGUUUGGUUUUUGAAACAUAAAAGAGGAAUACUAGGAAUUCUUAGAUUAAGAGCCCCUAUGCUCAAGCUAAAUGGACAGACAUUGAAGAGAGCAAGAGAUACCACAGUUAAGUGUGCAAUAAUAAUCACGGUUUCUUGUCUAAGAUUUUGAUUUUGUCGAGAUUUUCGCAUUUAAUCCAUUUUUUAAUAUGGGAUGUGAACCUGGAUCAUUUGAUUUCGCAACAAUAAAACGUAUUUUUUUUUUUAACUAUCUCUUAUUGAAUGGUGUUAUAAAUGUAGCAUGAAAUUUUGCAUGUAUUUCUAUAUUUUUCAAGAGUACCACUGGACUCCCAUCUGUUUACUAGGGCACUAGAUAUUCCUAUCAGUUUCCAGUGGCACCACCUCUAGGCCUGCUCUGUAGAUUCCUAAACACCUUGCCUUGCCUUGCCUUGCCUUCUCACAGUACCAAGAUGGUGUUCAAGCAGCCGCUUAGAAGGGAUGCAACCAGAUUACUAACGCUAACAACAUUCUGAUGAAUCUGUAUCGUACGAAAUUGUGUGUCAUCUGUUUAGGAGCACCGAUCAACACCCUUUUCAGUCCUCUGGGGCAGCUCGUCCUGCUCUGUCAUUCUUCUUCUUCUUCAUUGCAUGUUUUGUUUAUAUUUAAAAAACUAGUGUAUUCUGUUCAACUGCCUUGUGCUAUAAUAUUUUCAGUUUCGUUUUCCUCCUGUUUCUAUUUCCAGUGCUCUCUAUUCUCUUACCUUUUUCCCCAUUCCCUUGGUCUUCCAUGAUCCAUGCUAUUUUUAUGCAUAUGAUUAGGGAUUCUCAUUUCAUUUUCUCUCCUUUUUCUUGUAGGUUGCAUUAGAAAGGGGGCUGUUCUCUCUCGUCGUGAACCUGCAAGUAAGCUCUCUAGCAUCUUUCCUCAGCCAAGGAUCAGAUAUACGUGCUCGUUUUCUUCCUUCCUUGUUGAUAUACACUAGAAUCUCUGUUAGAAUAGGCUUGCUGCCAUGUUUGCUCCCUCUCCCUCCCUCUCCCUCUCUCUCUCUCUCUCUCUCUAGAUAGGUGAGGAGGUGGGCCGCGUUCAUAACUCCAGGUGUUGAUCCUUCACAUUCACUUGAAAUGUGAUCAAGUAUUAACUGUGUGUGGAUCCCCGGGGGAGGAGUCUUCCCGUGAAGAUAUAGACUCCUAGAUGAAGAUCCAGGAUAUGAGUCUUGUAGAUUUUGACAGACAGCUGGGCGCCCAUUUCUGAGCUCAGUUGCCGCUUUCAGGUGCCCGGCUCGACGCACUACAGCAUGGUCUUCUACUUCGUGACGAAGAGGCUGGAGCCCGGGUCCCUGCUGCAGCAUUUUGUCGACGCCGACGACGAGUACCGCAACAGCAGGCUGAAGCUCAUCCCAUCGGUCCCCAAGGUUCUCCUCACCUGAGGAAUCAAUCUCCUUCGUCUGUCCAGAAGCUUUGAAGACCUUCACCUCAAUUCUCCUGGUUCAAUCCUCCCGCAGGGAUCCUGGAUCGUGCGGCAGAGCGUGGGAAGCACGCCGUGCUUGCUCGGCAAGGCCGUCGACUGUACCUACAUUCGCGGAUCAAACUACUUGGAGGUGGGGAAGAGUCUUCUCUCAGAUGUUGCCCAGCUCCAUGGUUUCUCCUCUGAGGUGAAUCUCUCUGCAGAUAGACGUUGACAUCGGAUCAUCCACGGUGGCCAAUGGGGUCCUCGGCCUCGUCUGCGGCGUGAUCACGACGCUGGUCGUUGACAUGGCUUUCCUCAUACAGGUAACACUAACCCUACCUACCCUGUUCCUCUUACAUUUCCCAAUACGGUAUCGUUGCGACACGUGGCCAAAAGGGUUCUCUCUUCCCAUCUCAGGCGUGCACCUUCGAGGAGCUCCCGGAGAGGCUCAUCGGCGCCGUUCGGGUCUCCCAUGUGGAGCUCAAGUCUGCCGUGGUUCCGGUCCUAGAGCCGCCAAAUCCUUCCUCUGACCAAUCAUAA